AUGCACACGCGCAUUUAAAGCUUCUAUGGGAUUCAUUACGGGGAUUCCCCAACAAAUUUCCCAUCUACAGUUUGUUUAUAUGAUCAGGACGCCAUUAAAACUGAAACCACGGAAGGAGAUUAGAAAACAGCAACCCAGGAGAGACAUCUUCCAACUUGAAGAUGACCUCUCCAGAGAUUGGUCAGCGAGUUGUCCGAAGCUCCGAGUGGUCUUGGAGAUAUCAGGAUGGCGGUGAAGGCCAUCUAGGGACUGUGGUCAAGAUGACCGACCAGGAAACCCCUCUUCAUGGAUGGACUAGGGUCCGGUGGGAUAACGGUCUAUGUAACAAAUAUCGGGUUGGGACAGGUCGAACUUACGACCUUCUGCUCUUUGACAGCGCACCAGCAGGCGCUGUCCAUUCGAAGAUUACAUGUAGCAGCUGUAAUGUGGAUUCUAUACACGGUAUUAGAUGGAAGUGUUGUGAUCAUAGCUGUACAGAUGUCAACCUUUGCACCCCUUGUUAUAUGGCUGACAAACAUGAUUUGACGCAUAGAUUCAUACGCUUCAACAGUCAGGAUGAAACAGGAAUCGUUGUUACAUCUCGGUCCGAAGAAGAAAAAAUAGUUUCAAUGGGACUGUGCCCUGAAGCCCAGGUUAGCCGAGGGGAAGAUUGGCAAGGAGAAGAAAAUGAUGGCCAAGGAGGAAAUGUAAUCGAAAGUUGCGCUAUAUCUGGCAGACCACGAUCAGGUGUUUCUGUUAAGUGGAUAGACACUGGGCAGACAACAACACAUAGGGUAGGACACGACGGAAAUGUUGAUCUGAAAUGCACCAAACCAGGACGUGGAAUCGGUUUCUAUUCAUCACAUCUACCAAUUCUAGGCAAAGAGCAGGGUGUGAAGGUUGGCGACCGUGUAGCAAUGACCUUGGCAGCCGAGAGACUACAGGUCAUUCAAGAGACAAACGGAUGCAAGUGGUCGCCUAGGAUGCAAAACCUAAUUACAAAGGUUGCCAUGGUUACAAGCAUCAAUUCAGAUGGAAAUGUAGAGAUCUCCUAUCCAGGGAGAGAUGACCACUUCAUCUUGCAUCCAGAUGCGUUAAACAAGGUUCCAAUGUUUGAAAAAGGAGACCGUGUAGGCGUCAAGACAGACAAAGAAUACGUGAAAGGACUCCAGAAAAACAGCAACAAUGGAUGGGCAGAUGGUAUGGAAAACUGCCUGGACAAGGAAGGUACAGUUCUACUUGUUAAUGAAAAUUUUAACACGUGGAUCCGCUUCGAGUCAGUGACGCCAUCGGAUAGCUGGUGGCAUCCCUGUGCGCUAACCCUCGUGGAGAAGAAACCCCAUCAUGUGGGCUAUGGAGCCAAGUCCACCCAUAUCAAAUCGGAAAUUACUGGCCUAUCCAAAGACGACAAUUCUAUAGAAUCUCAGCUUUAUAAUGCGGCUAAAACUGGUGACCUUGAUCGUGUAUCGGAGAUUCUGUCUUCUUCACCAGAAAAAGUGAAUGGGAAAGUAAAUGGCAAGAGUGCACUCCAUAAAGCUUCUAUUCGUGGUCAUCUAAAGGUUGUUAGGGCGUUAGUGGAGGCUGGAGCUGACAUAGAAAUAACUACAGAUGAUGGACAUACUCCACUACAUUACGCAGUUGAAGGAGACGAGCCAGCAGUUGUAAAUUAUCUAAUUGAGAAAGGAGCUGACAUUGAUAGAGGUAGCAAAAGACAUAGAAGAGCGAUCCAUCGAGCAGCCUAUGAAAAUUUUGUUGAUUGCGCCAGAAUCCUGAUCAGGCGUGGAUGUGAUGUCAACGUGCAAGACAGCGAGAAAGAUACCCCUCUUCAUGAUGCUAUUAUCAAGAACAGCAUAGAUGUUGCUGAGAUGCUGUUGGUAGUUCCAAAGCUUGAUACAACUCUAACGAACAAACGAAAUAUGCCACCAAUCCUGUUCGCCGCACUUAAAGACCGUCCGGAGCUUGUUGAGAUGCUUGGACGUCACUCCCCUCAAUCGAUUCCGGUUACUACACGACAUGGAUUCAACAUUCUGCACAUUGCAGCAUGUAACAACCAUGUCCAAGUCAUGAGGAUGGUUUUAGCUAUAAAGGAUCAUGGACUGUACCUAGACACGAAAGCAGACCAUGGAACAACAGCCUUACAUCUCGCUGCAGAGGACGGAUACUCAGAAAGUGUUGAGUAUUUAUUGUCUCAGGGAGCAGAUGUGAAUUUGCAAUGUAGAAAAGGCCAUAGUGCGCUUCAUCGAUUAGCCAGCGCUGCAAGGCAAGAUCUGAAAGUCGAAGAAACGCAAGAGCUUAAAGCUAUUCGGAUGAAAUACAAAGACGGCGGUGUAGAUACCAAUACUGAAGCAUUACUCUGUUUUAUGGUUCUUCAUGGCGCCUCCAUUGAUAUUGAAAAUGAAUCGUGUCGUACCCCUCUAUACUACAUCGACGAUCCAAAACUAAAAAGGACUUUAAAGCAAAUUGCCAAUGGAGUUAAUAGGAACCCUGACCAAAAGCCAAUGCAAAACCUCGGAGAAGGUGGGGAUUUUGGAAUUGGGAGGCUGAAUAUGAAAUCCAUUUCCGAUGACAAUCUCCUCAUCCCAGACUCUGGCGUAGGAUUUGCUCAAGAAUUAGCUACCGACAAACAUGACGAAGAUCACCCAACAAGAAGCCAGUCAAAGGAUUUAAAAGAACUUGGCAAUUUCUGUGUAGACGAUAAGACUGAUCUUGGUAUCGACUUUGACUUAUUAAAGGCAGCUGAAAUUGGUGACCUAAGACGUGUUUCAGAGAUACUGUCAUCUUCACCUGAAAAGGUAAAUGUCAAACUUGGAGGCAAGAAUGCUCUCCAUAAAGCAUCCCUUCAUGGCCACCGUGACGUCGUAAAAGCAUUGUUAGAAGCUGGAGCUGAUAUAGAGAUCACUACAGACGAUGGACAUACUCCACUACAUUUGGCAGUUGAAGGAGAUGAACCAGCAGUAACAAAGUACCUGCUUGAAGAAGGGGCUGAUAUGAACAAAGUAAAUGUACGCAACAUGAGUCCACUCCAUCGAGCAGCUAGUAGAAAUCAUGUUGAUUGUGCUAGAAUCUUAAUCAACCAUGGAUGCAAUGUCAACAUGCAAGACUACCAAAAAGAUACACCUCUUCAUGACGCCAUUACCAAAAACAGCGUAGAUGUUGCAGAGCUGCUGUUGAAAGUUCCGAGCAUCGAUACCAGCAUCGAGAAUGGGAACAAAUUCACCCCCCUACAAUUUGCGGUAAUUAAGGGCCGACUAGAAAUUGUUAAAAUGGUUGCACGGCACUGCCCUUCUUCAAUAGCUGUUCCUAAACAACAUGGGUACAAUGUAUUGCAUAUCGCAGCAGUGAACAACCACGUUGAAGUCAUGAAGUUUCUCUUAGCUAUUGAGGAUCACGGACUGUGUAUUGAAACGAAAAACAGUGAAGGUCAGACGGCUCUGCACCUUGCCUCACACAAGGCAUACUCAGAAAGUAUCGAGUACUUGAUUUCUCUUAGAGCAGACAUCAAUAGUCAAUGCAGUCAUGGCCAUAGUCCGCUUCAUUUAGUAGCCAGCAGAGCAGCAAGGAAACCAACAGAAAUCAAAGAAACAUCAUUCCUUAAAAGGAUUCGAAAGAAAUAUAGAGAUAGAGGUGUGGGCAGUAAUACUGGUGCAGCAUUGCUGUGUUUCAUGGUCCUACACGGGGCGUCCAUCGAUACUGAAAACGAAUCGUGUCGUACCCCUCUAUAUUACAUCAAAGAUCCCAAACUAAAAAGGACUUUGAAGGAGAUUGCCCGCGGAGACAGGGCGGUUGACUUGAAAUCGCUAGAAGACAUGGUAGGAGAUGAAGCUUCAGAAGACCUGACAACCAACGCCAUCCAUGAUGACGAUUAUGAUAUCUCUGUCCCACACACUCCCGUAGACGAUCCAGCUUCCAGUGAUCAAGGAUCAGAAAACCUAGCCAGAACCAACAAGCCAAAGAUCGGAUUGUUUGAGCUUGUUCACGAAAUUAAAGUCUCUGAUCUUAAAAUGGGAUCUGUGGUUGGAACUGGACAAUAUGGAGUCGUCCAUCGAGCAACAUGGCGAGGAACCACGGUGGCAGUCAAAAAGAUAUCUAUCAUCGGGAGUAAAAAGGAUGAAGUCGAAAAGGAAGUUUCUAUCCACAGGCAAGCCACCCAUCCAAAUAUCGUGAAAAUGAUGGCGCUAGGCUAUGAGUGUACAGACGCCUACCUUGUUAUGGAGUUUAUUGAAGGGCCAAGUUUAGAUAAGAUCAUCUUCCCAGAUCGCGAUGAUCCAAAGAUUCAUCUAGAUUGGUCCGCCAAGCUUGGGAUAUCCCGCGAGGUUCUCCAAGCAGUCACCUUCAUGCAUGCCAGCAAUAUCUUACAUCUUGAUAUCAAGCCGGCCAAUAUUUUGGUGGAGAGAGCCACCAACCGUCCCUUCAUCUGUGACAUGGGUCUUGCCCACAUCAAGAACCGGAACGCCAUGACUCAAUCCACCAUGCACAUCAGGGGCACCCCUCAAUUCAUGCCGCCGGAGGUAAUUACUGCAGUGACUGGGUACAAACAUUCUAGCAAACAUGACAUCUGGUCAGUUGCAGGAACACUGGUGGAGUUCUACUCCAUGAAACGUCUUUGGGGAGUUUUGCCCAGUCCGAUGGCCCUUAUACUUCGCGUUAUGGCGGGAAAAAUGGGCAAACCGGAGGCUCUGGAAUUCGUGGAUCCAAAAAUCCAAGAGAUUCUUGAACCCUGCUUCAAUGAGAAUCCUGAAGAUAGACCAUCGGCGGAAGAGCUACAAAAUAAAUUCAAUGAUCUAUCUUAAAAGGAAAUUCUAUGAACCUUCGUAUUCUUAUCAUUUUAAUGAGAACAGUAUAUAUUAGCAAUAUUUGUAUACAUUGUACAUAUAAAUUAUUUCUCCAAUACUAGUUUUAUUGUAAUGAUAUUGGUUACUGGGUUUCGCCGAUUGAUGCAAAGCUAGCGACGUAGCAUAGUUUGUAAGAUUUGUUUUAUAUUAUAGAAUAUUGUAACAUUAUUACAACAAUAUUCAUAACUAAUGAAAAUGCAUUGACAAAUCUCAUGCUUGAUUAUUACGAAUGUGAAAUUGAAUUUCAAGUUCCAUAAUUGUUUAAAGGUGUAACAAACAUCUGGGGCCAUUUCAUAGAAUUAUGUUGUGUAAAAAGUAUUGCUCAAGCGCUAAUGCAAAAAAUCAGGCCUGUUGAGUUUUCUGAAGAGCCAUCUAAGGAGUGCUUCAUAAAGAAAAAAGAAGAAGUAAGUAAUUAUUUACUGACAAAUUUGCUCUGAGUAAUUCAGAUCAAAAGAUUGGGAAAUUUUAAAACAAUAGUCAGUGAAAAAUUACUAUUUUGACCCAUUAAUUGCUGAAAUCAACUCAUUGAUCAUGAUGAAUACGCGGAAGCACACAUAAUCCAGAGAGAUGUUCAUCUUUUUUUUUUUCGUCUGUAAAGUUGUAAGAUUUCGAAACGUUCACCUGACCCAAUGCAGUGAGCAGUUUGCCACCCUUACCGGAGAAUUAUAGGUCACACUCACUGGCGGAUCCAGCCCGCCCCCCCCCCCCUUUGAGAGGCACACUUAAAAAUUGCAAUGUCAACAUGCCGUUGAAACAGAAGUGUGCCCCCCCCCCCCCCCUUGAAAGUGAAGAUCUUUGAUUGACUCGAAGGUAGAGAGAUAGCUUGUUAAGUACUUGUACCGUCAGACCGUUUGUCUAAAAAAAAAAAACCGAUACUUUCAACAUAGAUGCCAAGAACAUGUAUAAUCCUUGGGGGACUGGUUUAUACGUGUGAGAAACUCCUAGAAUAAACUUUGAUGUUCAUAUGACACCAAAUACUCCGAAAAUAAUUGAUGUUUAUAAGAGUGUGUGAGAACAAAAAAAAAUCGUUAUAUUUGGAGCUUAUGGAUAACAUGAGCUAUUAUGAAACAAAUAUUUACUUUUAUUACUAAGAGAAAGUUGUUUGUACACUAUCUAAUUCAUCUAUAAACAUAAAACAUAUUCAAAGUCUCCGAAUUUUUCUUGAUUUAAUUUAAAUAUGACGGUGAUAUCCACGUCACUACAUUGUUUUUAGAUUACAAUUUAUAAUUCAAAAUAAAUGUCACGAACUCUUUUAUUAGGCUCCCAUCGAUUUCAUGUUUAACCAUCCUCGGUGGUGGUCUACUGCGACCAUUGAUGACAAAUUAUGUUAAAGAAAAUUUAAACUUCGUAUCGUUUUGUAUUCUUUAUGAUAGUUUAAUACGAAUACAUUUAUUUUGUAUAUCAUGAUUUAUGUAUUGUAUAGAUAUAUGUUAACAUAUUUUACACAUGUAUCGUAUAAUUUGAAAGCAUAAAUUUUAUGAAAGCAAACAAUUUUUCGCUUGGUUAUUUUCAUGUUACCCCCGUUGUUAUAAAUGUUAUAUCUUCAUGCAAAAUGAUGUUUGUUAAACUGCAGAGCGCCUUUGACAUGUUUGUAAAGCAGUUUAUAAACCUGAACCAGCGCGAACCCCGAAGUUUAAAAAACGAAUUUAACAAAAUAUUCUCUGUUCACAACAUGCAGGAUAAUCAAAAUUAGAACUUUAUCUUUAACUGAGUCUUUUUGUUGUAUUUCAUACUCAACUGGUUCUUUCUAGUUAUAUGAUUUUUGCUAUGACACUUUGAAAUGCUUACAGAUCCAUUCUCAAAACCAUCGCUUUUUAACAUUACAAUGAUUAACAUUUGAGUGAUACAAAAAAUAUUAAUUAGGGAUAUAUGUACAAGUACUUUCUAGAGAGACUCGAUUCAUGUCCAUUCAAAAUCCGGUUGUAUUUUCAGCAUUAAUGUAUAUUUACAUUCCUGAUUCUGUUUAUAAACGUGUUAUGUUAGAUCUGUAUAGCCCAAAAUAUCAUAAAUACGGGGAUAUGGUGCAUCCUUGAAUUAUCACAUGAUUACAAUGUUUGGCUGAAAAUCA